CUGCAGAGGAGCAGCGACACCAUUCUGAGUGAAGCUGAUGAGACGCCACUGAUGAUGAGGACGAUGAGUGUGGUGGUAAAUCAGGAGGAAGGUGAUGAAGAAGAUGCAGCCGGAGGUGAAAACCCAAGCAGAACCUGCAGGAUGCCAGCAGGGGGAGCGGUUCUGGUGGGUCUGCUGGUUCUGCUGGUUCUGGUCGGUCUGCUGGUUGCUGCUCUCACCGUCAUCUACAGACUCUCUUUUGAUAAAAUAAGAACCAAUCAAACCAUCCAAACCCUGGAGGAGGAGAAUGAAGCUCUGAGGAGAAAUAUCUCAGAGUUAAAAUCCACAGAGCAGCCAACAUGUCCACCAUGUCUUCCAACUCCUGAAGAACAAUGUCUGACAUGUCUGAAGUAUGAAGCAGGAUGGGAGAAACAUGGAGGAAACUGUUAUUAUUUUAACACCAUGAGAUUCUCCUGGACUGUCAGCAGACGCUCCUGCAUGGUUCUGGGAUCAGACCUGGUGAAGAUCGACAGCAGAGAGGAGCAGAUGUUCCUGGUAGGAAGACUGAGAGACUUGAUGGAGGACAAUGAGGACAUGUUCUGGAUUGGACUGACGGACCAAAAGGAAGAAGGAAAAUGGCUCUGGAUGGACGGAUCUCCUCUGGAUGAAAGUUUGUCGUUCUGGAGUGAUAAAGAACCUAACAACAGAAGUAAAGAUGGUGCAAGCUCAGCCGACUGUGGGAGGAUGGGGAGGAAAAGAGAACAUGAUGAUCUGCAGUCCUGGUUUGAUAUUUCCUGUUAUUAUCCUCAGAAAUGUAUCUGUGAGAAAACAGCUGGACUGAGUUCAUGUGUCUGAAGAUCAUUCAGUCUGUGAACUGAUCUGAGUUCGGCUUCAAGAAGCUGCAGCGUUGCUGCUUUUAUGAAGAUAUUGUCAUGAAACGUUUGAAUUUCCAGACAUGUUGAAAUUUUAUAUCUUUCAACAAUCAAUCAUAUUCUUGCUUGAUUUGCUCUCAAAUUAAUAUUUUGGUUUGAAUGCAGAAUGUCCUUUGCAAGAUAUGAAACUAUGUAACUUUUAAAUAUUUGAUUAUUUCUACUUAAUUUGUUCCACAUUUUGUCCAAUAAAAUAAAUUUUAUGGCAACAUUUUGGUCCAUGUGACAGAAAAACAAAGAUUGGCUUUGAAAUAAAAUAAUUUAGAGAACUUUCAUAACCUCUGCUAA